AAUCCACAUUCUAGAAAUUAAGACGAUCACUAUAUAUCAUCCUCUGCAACCAAAAGAGGAAACCGGCGUCUGUUUUUAUCAUUGGGAAUGGAUGGUGAAGAGGAUUCGUGCUGUCAUCAACUAUCCAUGGCCCAUCGUCCGGUCAAGAGACAGCACAGCCAGGUGGAGGCGUCAAGAGUGACAGUUUCUGGAUGCAACGCAGAUCUUGGUGAUAUGUGCUUCAUGAUGGUGGAAUAUAUCAAAGAUGCUAUGAAGGCUAUGGAUAUGAUGAGGGGUCACCACAUGCUGACGGACGUGAUUUUAGAGGUGGACACGGAACUGUUUCACGCGCAUCGCGUGGUUCUUGCCGCCGCCAGUCCGUAUUUUAAAGCGAUGUUCACCGGUGGAUUGCGCGAGUCUGGGAUGACUCGGGUAAAGCUGCAGGGUGUUUCUCCGACGGCGAUGGGUCGUCUCAUACACUUCAUGUAUACAGGUCGCAUCCGGGUGACGGAGAAUUCCGUCUGCCAACUGUUGCCAGCCGCGACCAUGUUCCAGGUAGCUAACGUCAUACAGGCAUGCUGUGACUUCCUGGAGCGACAGCUGGACCCCAGCAAUGCCAUAGGCAUCGCAAACUUUGCCGAACAGCACGGCUGCAACGACAUGUGCAAGAAGGCGAAUCAGUACAUAGAACGUCACUUCAGUCAGAUCAGCCAGGAAGAGGAAUUCCUGCAGCUUAGCCCAAUGCAGUUGAUUAACCUGAUCAAGAAAGACGAACUCAACGUGCAGGAUGAAGAAGAGGUUUACGACGCGGUCCUCAAGUGGGUCAAGUACGACGAGGACUGCAGACACAUGAAGAUGGAGCAUAUUCUAAGCGCCGUUCGGUGUCAGUUCCUCACUCCCAAGUUCCUCAACGAUCAGAUGACCAACUGCGAUGUGCUGAAAAAAACGCCCGCUUGCAGGGAAUACCUCGAGAGUAUCUUCAAAGACCUAACACUGCACAAACGAACUGUCGUCAAGGAGCGCAAGCCCAACUCGCCGAGGAUCAUCUAUAUAGCCGGUGGCUACUACAAGCAAUCAUUGGAACUUCUAGAAGGUUAUAAUGUGGAUGAUAAGAAGUGGCACCAGCUGGAUAACUUGACCGUUCCGCGAUCCGGUCUUGGAGCUGCGUUUCUACGGGGCACGUUUUACGCUGUUGGUGGCAGGAAUAACACUCCUGGCAAUAGUUACGAUAGCGAUUGGGUGGAUAAGUAUAAUCCUCUCAGAGAUCAAUGGCGACCGUGCAGUCCGAUGUCGGUGCCUAGGAACAGGGUGGGCGUGGCUGUUAUGGAUGGACUUCUGUAUGCAGUCGGAGGCAGCGAAGGAUCGAAAUACCACAGCAGUGUCGAAUAUUAUGAACCAGAAUCGGAUCGGUGGACAACCAUAAAGCCAAUGCACUGUAGGCGCCUGGCCGUGGGCGUGGCCGUCGUCAACAGGCUGCUUUAUGCGAUUGGUGGCUUCGAUGGAGUCAACAGACACAAAACCGUAGAGUGCUACCAUCCGGAGAACAACGAAUGGACUAUGGUUAAGCCGAUGCAUACCAUUCGGAGCGGUGCAGGGGUGGCCGUGAUAAACCAAUAUAUUUAUGUGAUUGGAGGAUACGACGGGACCUGCCAAUUGAAUAGUGUGGAGAGAUAUGAUACUGAACGCGAUGCUUGGGAGUUCCUUACUCCAAUGAAGAUCGCAAGGAGCGCAUUGAGUGUGACAGUGCUUGACUGCAUGAUCUAUGCCAUGGGUGGAUACGACGGUAAUAAUUUCCUUGCAAACGUUGAGGUCUACGAUCCAUCGUUGGAUACGUGGGUGGCAGGAGAUCCUUUAACCUCUGGGAGAUCGGGUCACGCCAGCGCCGUCUGCUUUCAAUACCCUUGCAUGCAGAACUGUCACGUCCAAUCAGCGGCGAGCUCGCCUUCAGGAUCGCGCGGCAACAGUAAAGGAAACACACCGAACGCUCGUUGACACUGGACAAUCCUCCCAAAGAGGAGUGGCGUCGACGAGGUAAACAAUAUCAUUAGUUACGAAAGCACAAAUGCUUCGGGUAGUUGGAAAGCGAAAGAAUGGUUUAUAGUACAAAUUAGUUUAAAUGAUGAAACAAUGUUACACUUGGUGAUGAUGAACUAGUCGCAAAAGAAAAAACGAAACUCUAAGCUGACCAUAUUUGUAUUAUAUUUUAUGUAUAUGCAUGAUGCAUUCUCUUUUGUAAUAACAUUCCACAUGGUGUGUUGUGUGUUCCUGUUUAUAUGGAAGAAGCAUUCGUUCUUCAAGAGAAGAGUGAUUUCAAACUAUGUGAUUAUUGUUGUUUAUAAUUUAGACUUUUAUUAUUAUAUUUGUGUGUUAUGUAUAAUUUAUUAUAAUUUCAAUAUUUUUUAUUACUUAUUUAUUGAACAGAUUUUAUUUUUGUAUAUCCCACAAAUAGGGGGAACCACUAAACGUUUCAAUGUAUUACCAACUUUUAUACACUACUAUUACUAUACAAAUUGAUAGGCUGAUUAUUUCUAUAAUUUUAAUUUGUACGUGUUCUAAACUAUAU